AACGCCUUCCCAGGCACACUCCAUUGAUGCAGUCAGGACACGAGCAACACCGAGCUACUGUCUGAAAAAAUACCAGCAAAAUAUUGUAUGGAACAGCUCCACAGUCUUCUUACAAUAUGCUUGGCAACGAGAAAGUUCAGUUGAAGUUGCUCAACGACCGCUUCGCCAAAUACAUUGCUACGGUCCCCUUCUUGGAGGAGCAGAACCAGAAACAACAGGUGGAGCUAGAGAAGCUGCGGGGCAAAGGCACAUCCCGGGUUGGAACUCAGUACGAGGAAAAGAUACGGGACCUGACGGAGGAGGUGGACCAGCUCACCGAAGCGAAGACCCGGGUGGAAGUUGACCGGAAUAAACUGAAAGAGAAGUUGAAGGCUGAGAUAACCCACCGAGAGAAGGCAUGUCAGGAUUUGGACGAUGCUACAAUCAUCAGACUAAACCUAGAGCAGAAGGUUAAGUCACUCAAGAAAGAAAUCAGCUUCCUCAAGAAGCUGCAUGAGGAGGAAAUACGGGAGCUGCAGACCCAGCCGCAGCAGCAGUAUGUGCAGGUGGACAGGGGGAUGGUUAAACCUGACCUUACAGAUGCUCUGAGGGACGUCCGUCAGCAGUAUGAGAAACUGGCCUCCAAAAACAUGCAAGAGUCUGAGGAACGGUACAAAUCCAAGUUUGCUGACCUCACCGAAGCGGCAGCGAGGAAUAAUGAUGCCUUGCAACUGGCCAAGAAAGAGGCCAAUGAACAUAAGCGCAAAGUUCAGUCACUUACUCGUGAGGUGGAUGACCUUAAAGGAACUGUGACACAGAUGGAGGACAACUUCUCAGUGGAGAAGAAAACCGUCAGCCGCCUGGAGGAGGACAUUCAGAAAAUGAAUGACAAGAUGGCCCGUGACCUCCAGGAGUACCAGGACCUCCUAAAUGUCAAGAUGGACCUGGACGCAGAGAUUGCAUUCUACAAGAAUCUGCUGGAAGUAGAGGAGGAAAGAAUCGCCACCGCCAAACCAAAAUCCUCGGUAGAAUCCACUUCAAGUGAUUUUCAAUCAAUGAAGUAGUUUUCUGAUGAUAAUUUAAGCUCAGACAACCUUGCUAACCUUUUCUUUGUCCUCUACAUUCUUGUUCAGGAGGGGGAAAAAAGCAAG